AUGUAUGAGAGAAAGCUGGCGUCGAACAUCAAGAGACACCUUAGUCUCACCCCAGACCCCUACCACAUUGCCCAGAGUGUCGCCGGGAUGCUCGAGAAAGAGCGCUUCGACGAGGCGCUCAUGAUGGCGCGUAUGGCCAGCCGCAACAACAAGGUCGAAGUCAGCUGGAACCAUCUGAUCGACUACCAGCUGAAAAACCAGCGCCUCCAUGCUGCUGUGAAACUGUACAACGAGAUGAAGAAGCGAGCUCAAGUACCCAACGCAAAGACCUACACCAUCAUCUUCCGCGGAUGCGCACAGUCUCUCCAUCCCAAGCUGGCAGUAGCCGAGUCCACCAGGAUCUACAACUUUAUGAUCAAGGCUGGACCACUCAAGCCCAACACCAUUCACAUGAACGCCGUCCUCGAAGUUUGCGCUCGUGCGGGCGACCUCGAGAGCUUGUUUACCGUACUGGUAACUUCCAAUACGAGCAUACGCUCCCCCGACGCCCAUACCUAUACCAUCGUCCUGAACGCCCUCAGAUACGACUCGGGCCACGCAGACAAGUCCAACAUCGGACUGAUUGAUGCCGAGGUUAAGCGGGAGAUCCAAAAGAACAUCUUGAGAGCGAGGGCCAUCUGGACUGACGUAAUCGCGAACUGGAGGAACGCUAAAAUGAUCCUGGACGAACAUUUGGUGUCCGCCAUGGGCAGAAUACUUGCCCUGGGUGACUACAAAGACAACGACAGUGUCUUGGAGCUUCUCGAACAGACCAUGAAGAUUCCGAGGUUCGAUCAACCCAACGUCAAGCUCCCUGACGCGCCGCCCGCCGAAACCAACGCAGCCAACCUGCCAGCCGCAGAAAACAAAACCCCGGGCACCAACAUGUCACCGAAGGACCGAAAGGCACUGGCCGAGUCGAGAGCGGACAAAUCCCCUCUAUACGCCACGCCCGGCAACAAGACGCUGUCUCUCGCCCUCACCGCCAUCGCCAACAUGCGCAAGACAUCCAGCGCGCCAAAAUACUGGAGCUACUUCACGCAAAUCCUCAACGUGACGCCCGACUCGUCGAACCAUGCCUUGUACCUGCGGGCCCUCGCCGGAGGCCACGCGAGCGGGCAGGUGGCCUCGCUCAUCGCCUCGUUCCCCGCCGAGCUCCUCACGCCGCUCACCUUCCGGCGCGGUUUCUCGGCCUGCAUCAGCGACAACCUCAACCCGCACGCCUUCAAGCACGCCUGCCGCAUCUUCGACGUCAUGGCCACCAAGCAGCGCUACGCCGACGCGCUGGCCAUGCGCCUGUUCCUGCAGGUCGCCCGCGCCAACACGCGCCACUUCCACGAAGAAGAAGAAGAAGAACAACAACAACAACACCACCACCACCGCCGCCAACAACCACCAACCGAAACCACCACCACCACCACCACCACCACCACCCCAACCGGCAAACUCGCCCACGGCGCCCAAAUCACCAGCGCGCUCGAGCGCAUGUGGGAGCCCUUCCGGAUCCUGACCAGCUCGCUGUCCUACCCAGCCGAAGCCACGCGCUCUCCCCAAGAGGAACGGGAGCGGCAGCGCGGGACGGUGCAGGAGAUCACGGCGACGGCGCGGCGGAUGCUCGCGGCGAUGGACCGGGUGCUGAACGAGCCCGGCAUGGUGGCGGACCGGCGGACGGGCAAGCUGUGGGCGACGCGGCGCAUCAUCCUGCAGAAGAUGGUGGAGCGCCACGUGCGCGUGCUGUACCCGGACGGCCCGCCGCCCGAGGGGGAGCGGGAGCGGAGGCUGGUGCUGGCGGAGGAGGAGGGGUUGGCGGAGGAGCGGACGGCGAGGCAGGCGGCGAGGAAGGCUUCUUUCUGA